AUGCUGACUUCACCAUCGACGUCUGCGAAAUCUGCAUCACCUUCGAAUACGCCCAUUUUGUCUGCGGCGAACAAUUCUUCUCCGGACACUGCCAUUAAGCCGAAAAAAAUAUCAAUCGACGAAGAGAGAAAGACACCAAGGCACCACAAUAAUAACGAUUUUGGAGCUCAGUUGAAGCACAUCCCGUGGAAAUCUACGACACAGAAUCCAUUUGAAGAUCUAGAAGUAAUCCUAAAAGAUGCUCGGAACGGUGGCCGCUAUGAAGAUAAUCUUACUCUAAAUAGUAAAUCCGAAGGCGGAAUAUUAUUAUCGGCCGAUUCAAGAACCAUGCACAACGUCUCUAAGAGAUCAAUACCAUCCACAUCCCGCUGGGUAAGCUGGAGUCUUUUAGUACUUCCUCAACUAUCUAUCUCUCAUUCACUCCUUGACUAUCUACCUAUGUAUCCCUCUCUCUCUCUCUCUCUCUCUUUCUAA